AUGGACAAAAAACACUUCAAAAUGGCUUCUUCUGGCAUAUCCACUUCCGGUAAGGGCGUUGAACCAAAAAAGUACUCACCACAGGCGUACAGGGAGAAAAUCAGUAGCUUGUUUCCGCUUCCGCCGAGACCGGCUGACAUGUGUCACGAUGCGUUCGUUAAGAAGCUCCUGGAGCCAUAUGUAAUGGAGGCCCGAAAGGAGAUUCGAGCCGUGAAGAUGACCCGCGAUUCCAGCAGCAGCUCUGAGGAGGAUCCGAACGAGGCUUUCCGGGCGAGGAUGUACAAGACGGACUACUCGGCACGAGCCUCUACCUACAUGGCCAGGGCCACUCUUACCGGGAGGAUCAGUGCCAAGUCGAUUCUUAGUCCCCAGCAACGCGAUUCAGCCGCCAUGACGACCCAAAUGUUCAAGGUGCGCUUCGCCAAUCUGAUAUCCGACUUCCGGAACGUGUGCAUCAUCUACCAGCUGCUGCAGCUGCAGGAGAUCCUCAACGUGAUGCGAGAAUAUCCGCCGGCCGGCACCAAUCCCAAUGACACCAUAUUCGGCUGGUCCUACAAGAAGAAUCUGAAACGGUUCGAACAGCAAACAAACACCGUCUAUGUGGACAUUCUGGAGAAGAAUAGAACCGAGGCCACGCUCGAUGAGCUCAAGUUCUAUGUGGAUUUGGGUGAGCUAAUUGGUCUGGUGCAAGCCCUGCUGGACGAUGUGAUCAACGAUAGAGAUCUAUGCGCCCCACAUGGCUUCAUGGAACUCCUCAAAGACACCCAAGUGGACUUAGACAAGCUAAUUGCAGUACCCUACGAGACAAUUAUGGCCGAACACGACUCUUUAGUUGAGGAGAAUGGAAAGAAGAAUCGGGCUGGAAGAUUCCACAACCCUAAGUUGACGGCCAAGCAGCAGAUCCUUAACAAAGAGCGAUUCCAGAUUGACUACAUGAGCCCCAUAGAAUCCCGCUAUAGAGUAAAUUGGACGCACGAUAAUGUGGAGCAGGGACAGUAUACUGACUUCCUUCGUUGUAAGGUGUUUUCCGAUGAAUUGGACAAAAUUGAAGACCUCACACGUAAGGACUCGCAUGUGUGGAGGAGCUGCCAUUUGGAGUAUGUGACCCUGAUCGAGCAGUACAAGAAUCGCAUUAAUAUGGUCCAGCAGGCCUACGAUGACGAUAUGGAAACGGCCGAAAAUAUGCUACAAGUCACCAUCAGCAAGGUGAACAAAUGCAAGGACGACCUCAAGUUAUACAACGAAAAAGUGGAGGACUUUCACCAGAAAAUCCAAGAGGUGCGCGAUAAGAUAGCAAAGGAGGUGGAGAAGGAACGAGCGCGUUUGUCAGCGGCACGAGCUUCUAAGAGAAUGUCCAGGAUAUUGGCGAAGCAGAAGGAGGAGAAAAAGGCCGCAGCUAAGCAGGCCAAAUUGGAAAAAAGGCUGGCAAGGCGAAAUAAAAAAGCGGAAGAAAAAACUGAAGACUAGUAUCCUUUCUGUACAACACUUGAAAUACCCUUUAUCGAUUCUUGAAAAAUACAAUAAUGUUUAUAC